AUGGAAUCAAUAGGAACUAAAAAUUUAAUAAUUGAUGAUAUCACUUUUCGUCGUCCUGAUACUUGUUUAGCUUUGGACAAUCUAAUAACUUCCUCUACCACUACCAAAAACACCGCCAUAUUAUUUGAUCCUUUCAAGGACAAUGAUUACGAUGAUACCUUUGAUUUCCCAUUUAAAGAUGAAGAAGAUUUUGGUACAACUGAUGAUGUCAUUGAUAAUAAUACUACAAAACCAAAUGGGAUCAUUUUUGAUCAUCCAUUAAACGACGAGGUUACUGCGCAAAAGGCGAUCGCUGUCAAUAUUUGCACAAGUUUGAAUCAUAUAGCAGCUCUGUUAAUUAUAAUAAAAUUAAGAAUGGAAAUGACCACAAACAAUUCAUAUAAUUCUAGUAGUGUCAUUAAUAAUAAUAACAAUAACCUUGUCAGCAAUGUUGGUUCUAACCUUAACUCAUCAACUAAUACAAAUGAUAAUAUAUCUCUACCUGUUGUCAUCAAUCAUAAUAAUAGCAACAAAGUCAACAAUUCUUAUAUUCAAAAAUAUUCUCAACAUCAUAUUACCAAAAAUAGCAAAAAUACUACUAGAACAGCCUCACACAAUAACAAUAAUAAAAAUAAGAAAAAAUUUGUUAAUAAUAAUGAAGCCAACAAUAGAUUUUCUGGUGUUGAAUUAGAGGAUCUUGUGGGUCAUAUUUAUUCAUUAUGUAAAGAUCAACACGGUUGUCGUUUUCUUCAAAGAAAACUUGAAGAAAACAAUCAAAAAUACAUUGAAACGAUUUACAAUGAAGUCAAUGGACAUUUCGUUGAACUUAUAACAGAUCCUUUUGGCAAUUAUCUCUGUCAAAAACUUUUUGAACAUUGUGAUGAAUUUAAACGUACUCAAAUUAUCAAUAAAGUUUCUUCAGAAUUGGGCUAUAAUAAUAAUUACAUAUACAAGACUCAACAAAUCCGCACUUUUAUCCAAUCUUUAAAUCCUGAAGUAGUAACUUUGAUUCAAGACUUGAAUGGAAAUCAUGUUAUACAAAAAUGUUUAAGACUUUUCACACCCGAAGAAAAUCAAGCAAUCAGCAGUUAUUGUCUUGAGGUUGCUACACAUAAAAAUGGCUGCUGUGUUUUUCAAAGAUGCAUUGAUCAUGGCACCGAACAACAAAAGUUACAACUCUUGAAAACAAUAAUUCACCAUGCUUUAUUUUUAAGUCAGGAUAAAUACGGGAAUUAUGUUGUUCAAUACGCCAUAAAUUUCAAUAUCCAACAAUUCACUAAUGCGUUAGCGAGAAAAAUUUUAGGGCAUGUUUAUCCAUUAUCAAUUCAGCAAUGCAGCUCAAAUGUUGUUGAAGCAUGUAUUAAGUUGGCUGACAAUGAUAUUAAAGAACUUUUGAUUUCAGAAUUAAUUAAUUGUCGUUGUAUUGACAGAUUAUUGCAAGAUUCAUUUGGGAAUUAUUUGAUCAAAUCUUUACAGCCAUUUUUACCUACAAUCCAUAAUGCACCAUAUGGAAGAAAAGUUCAAGGCAGGAUCAGUCGUGAUAUUAAAUUCCUUGGGUCACUACUAUAUUUUAAAAAUUUUAAUUAA